AUGUCUAUGUACAAUCAUCGCGGUUUGGGCCCUGCCCCAGGUACCGCUCGAUUGAAUGAAUUAUUGGAUGGCAUUCGCGCCGAAUUUGAUACACAACAACGAGCAAGUGGGGAAUAUGAACAUAAUAUUGCACAACAAAUACAGGAGAUGCAAAUGGUUAGAGAGAAGGUCUAUCAAAUGGAACAACAACAUCUCUCUUUGAAGCAAAAAUAUGACGAAGAAAUUGCACGCCUUCGCCACGAACUCGAGGCCAGAGGAGGCGCUUCUCGUCCACCUGCUAUGGGUGGCCCUCCACAACAUGCUCCAUCCCAAGCACCACCGGCAAUCGGACAUGGUCCAAGUAAUCUUUUUGGAGGUAUAAUGGCUGGUCAAGCAGCUCAGGGAGGUCCAGGUUUGGCUCCUCCGCCACAACAACAAGAUGCGCAAGGUCCACUUCCACCACACGCGAUGCCACAACCACAAACAACCCUUCAAGGUCCUCCGCCAAAUCAACAAGGUCCUUUCCAAGGUGGCUAUCCUCCACAAGGUCCUCCACAGAAUGGUCCAUAUGGUGCCCAACCUCCUCAAUCAACCGCGUCUCCAGGUCCCGGUAAAGGAGGCCCACGCCAAAACCGUGGUCCAGGUGGCCCAGCAACUCCUCAAAUGCCACAGCAAUUGCCAUACAAUAACGAUCCUAGACAAUCACCACAAGUCGGUCACCCAUUAGCUGGUAUCGCUCGUGGACCUCAAUAUCCAGUCGGCAAUGUGGGAAACGCUUUGGCAGAAUUGGACCUCGAACGAUUACCACCACAAUUUAAGAAAGUAGAGGCCGAUUGGUUCGCGAUUUUCAACCCAGAUGUUCCAAAGACUCUUGAUGUUGAUCUCGUUCAUACUCUCAUUCACGAAUCCGUGGUUUGUUGUGUUCGUUUCAGUCAUGAUGGAAAAUUUGUCGCAACUGGUUGCAAUAGAUCCGCUCAAAUCUAUGAUGUCGUCAGUGGAAACAAAGUUUGCGUCCUUCAAGAUGAUUCUGUAGACUCCGUUGGAGAUCUUUACAUUAGAAGUGUUUGCUUUAGUCCAGAUGGAAGAUAUCUCGCUACAGGUGCAGAGGAUAAAUUGAUCAGGGUUUGGGAUAUCGCUACACGAACAAUUAGAAAUACCUUCUCAGGACAUGAACAAGAUAUCUAUUCAUUGGAUUUCGCUCGUGAUGGCCGUACCAUUGCUUCCGGAAGUGGUGAUCGUACUGUUCGUCUUUGGGAUAUUGAAGCUAGUCAAAACAUUUUGACUCUUAGUAUUGAAGAUGGUGUUACAACCGUCGCCAUCUCACCCGAUACCAAGUACGUCGCUGCUGGUUCUCUUGACAAGAGUGUUCGCGUUUGGGAUGCCGCUACCGGUUACUUGGUGGAAAGACUUGAAGGCCCAGAUGGUCACAAGGACAGUGUGUAUUCUGUUGCAUUCGCACCCAAUGGAAAAGACCUCGUUUCUGGAAGUUUGGAUAAAACCAUCAAGAUGUGGGAACUUGUCGCUCCAAGAGGCGGUCACCCAAAUACAGGUCCAAAGGGUGGAAGAUGUCUACGUACAUUUGAAGGACACAAGGACUUUGUUCUUUCCGUCGCUCUCACUCCAGAUGGAGCUUGGGUUCUUUCUGGAUCAAAGGAUAGAGGUGUUCAAUUCUGGGAUCCAAGAACUGGUAACACUCAACUUAUGUUACAAGGUCACAAGAACUCUGUUAUUUCAGUGGCACCAAGUCCUUCAGGAGGUUCUUUCGCUACUGGUUCGGGUGAUAUGAGAGCGAGAAUCUGGAGUUACAAGAACAUCUAA